AUGAGAAUUCGUUGUCGUGGUCUACAUCAUGCGGAUUUUGGGGGAUAUGCAAAUGCACUACGAUCACCGGGCAACAAAGUCGUAACUGGAAGCUUUGUGAUGAGUGAAUAUUGUUCAGAUUAUGGCGACGAAAAGAUUCAAGAAGGGCUCUUACUACCAGUAUUUGAGGUUCAGUCAAAUCAAAAGGUAAUCACAGGCUUAGUGCUCAAGCUUUCGGAUGAAGGACAGGGUGUCUAUCGCAGGGUCGGGAGAUUCUCUGCACCCUUGAAAGAGAGUUUGAUCAAUACACUUGGUCAAAUCGUAGAUGGCGGAGAUGAACAUUUAAGUAGGACUUAUGCUGAGGUGUUGAGAGGUGAUUCUAGUGUUACUCUAGGUUAUAUGGUUGAUAUAAUCUAG